AUGGGGGGUUUACACUUAAUCGGUUUAGGUCUUGGAAACGAGAAAGAUAUCACCGUCAACGCGUUGGAAGCGAUUCGGGACAAAUGCGCGCACGUGUACCUGGAAAAUUACACCUCCGUUCUCGCCGCCUCUCCUUCAAAGCUGGAAGAGUUUUACGGGAAGAAAGUGACCAUUUGCGACCGCGCGUUCGUCGAAUCGAACGGCGUGGACGGGAUGUUAACUCAAGCGGAAAAAGAAGACGUGGCGUUUUUAGUCGUCGGCGACUGUUUCGCGGCGACCACGCACUCGGAUUUAGUGCUGAGAGCGCACGAGAAGAAGGUGAAAGUGAAAAUGUAUUACAACGCGUCGAUCAUGAACGCGUGCGCGGGGUCUGGAUUACAGCUGUAUAAUUUCGGGAAAACGGUUUCCUUGUGUUUCUUCACGCCAACGUGGAAACCGGAUUCGUUUUACGAUUCGAUCAAGAUGAACAAAGUAAACGGCGGUUUGCACACGCUCGUGUUGCUGGAUAUUCGGGUGAAAGAACCGACGGUGGAGGCGUUGUGCACGGGGAAGAAGAUUUACGAACCGGCGAGGUUUAUGAGCGUGAGCACAGCGGCGAGACAGAUGUUGUACGUGGAAAACGAAGUGAGGAAGGAAGGGGUGUACGACGAAGAUUCCAUCGUGGUCGCCACGGCGAGAGUCGGUCAAGAGGACGAGCGGUUCAUCAGCUGUACGCUGAAAGAGAUGUGUCGAGUGAACGCCGGAGGGCCGUUGCACUCUUUGAUUUUAGUCGGAACGGAAGUUCACGAGUUGGAGGAGAACAUGUUGAAACAUUACCGAGCGAAACCGGAGGAUUUUUAUCCGGAAGGAGAAGAGCCGGAAAGUCAAUAUUUAGAAGACGGAGUGUUGUAG